UUCAGUGUUUUACGGAAGACUCGGAUGACCUUUGGAUGCGUCACUGUCAGCGAGACUUCAAGCGUGAGUCUCCUCAGGAAUUUGAGUCGUGGAGGGAACUGUAUCUGAGGCUGCACGAUGAGCGCGAGGAGCGACUGAAGAUGCUAACGCAGAACAUCUCCUCCGCACACGCCAACAAACCCAAAGGGCGGCAGGUAAAGAUGGCAUAUGUAAAUUCUGCCGCUAAGCCGCCUCGUGACGUUCGCCGCCGACAGGAGAAGUUUGGUACUUCCAGUGGUUUGUCAACAGCCGCCUCCGCUGCAGCUCCCAUCAAAAUAAGACCAGUUACUACGGACUUUUCUGGUGAGUCCAGUCACUCGUCUUUGUCCCAACAUCACCCUCCCAGCUCGUCCCGCUCUUCUGCACCAGGAGGAGGAGGACACGUCGCUCGAGAAAAGCCACAGGUCAAAAGAAUCGCCCCCAUGAUGGCCAAAACUAUCAAAGCAUUCAAGAACCGAUUCUCCCGCCGAUAGUGAAACAGAGACUGAAUGUAUUUUAUGAAUUCCAUCUGUGUUUUUAAUUUAAGUUUAGAAACAUUUAACUGGAGACUCCUUCAUCCCUACACACACACACACACACACACACACACACACCCUCUCCCACCAAACAUAACACACAUGAACUUUACAGUAUUGGUGGAAAGUUAUUAUUUUUAUUUUUUUUUUUAUUUGAAGCAUUGGCGUCUGUUUGUGGGGCUCUUUGAAUAAGUAUUUAAAU